AUGACGUUGGAAGGGAAACCGAGGCAUCGGACGACUCGACUCAAGACUUCUCAGCAACUUUUACUCAGCAAGAACCGUAGAAAGGGACCAAUUCAACACAUAGCAGCUGAAGAAAAUCCAAGAACAGACGAUAGCCAAGGCACCAAGCCGAUUCGGCGAACUUGGCACACCAAAUGCGGCGCCAAACCAUGCCGGCCAUCCGGCGCCGAAGACCAACGGCGCCCCAAUUGGUCACUCCACGAAGACGCUCGGGUCCGCACCAAUGUAUCGGAAUGUGGCGGCACCUCGGGAUUCUUCAACGGGGCCCUUCGGUGUGGCUCGGCAUUGGCCGAGGUCCAGCAACAACAGCACAAGGCAUUGUGGCUCAGCACCUAA